GAGGCUGGAGGUUCUGUUGGGACUGGUUGAAGACAAAACUGAAGUGGAACCAAAGAUGGAAGGAAAAUGGAAAAACGUAGCAUCAGCUACAAAAGGAUUAUUUUUGCUUGAACAAAAGCAUUUAAAAAACUUUACCAUCCCCAAAAGAAUUCCUGAUAAAGGUUUACUCAAAGAGUGUUCCAUUCAGCAGAGGGACUACAGUGAAAUUAAACAACUUUUAAGUCAUAGCUGUCUUGACAUGAAAUAUAACUUCGAGAAUUUCUGGCAGAUUGAAAAAGUACAGAUCGUACAAAAUAGAUAUCUAGAGGAAGACUUUAUUGCAAAGAGGGCUAAGUUGCGUGAAGAAGGAAGACCAGAUAAAGAGCUUUCUUGCUUUUUAGUUGUGCCUAAAGAAGAAGUCUCAAACAUUUGUCAGGGUAGCCUUCAUAUUGGUCAUUCUAAGGAAGAACUAAAUGUCACGAAACAACUAGGAAAUCCUCAACUUGGAGUAUAUUUAUUCAGAUAUGUUGAUAUUGCUCUGCGUUAUGCAUCCAACCGCUCAUUUCCUAUAGAAAAUAUAAUCAUUUUCAGGGUUCUCUUAGGAAAAGUGAAAAAAGUUCAACCUCCUAAAGGCAAAAAGAAGGUUGCUUUGGAUCCAACACCAAACUAUGACUGCCAUAUAUCCAGAAUUCAUCCUUCAGUUAAAGAUUCUUUGGAAGAACAAACCAUUGGUUCUUUGGUAUAUUUUUAUGAAUACAAUGAACUUUCAAAACCUGUCGAUAAACCUAGGCAGUGUCUUCCACAUGCAGUGAUAAAAAUAAAAAGUAUUAAUCAGAAGAUAGGCGCUGGCUCUCUUGUACAGUCUUUGAAGUGUAAACCUAAAAGGCUGCCUAAUAAUGUUGGAAGAAGUCUCCCACUGGAAAACUGUACAAGAGUGACAAGGAUAGGUAAAACUCAGCUAAUUUAUGAACAUUUCAGAAAGCCUGUAGACACCUGUGCUGAAAAUGCUGAGAAUAAUGCAUCUGCUGAAGUCUCCCCUUUCUCUGGGGACGCUCAUAAUUGGAGUAGUUCUGUUGCUGAAACCCAAGGUAGAAAAAUGAACUAUGAUUCAACUAGAAAAUGGGAUGUCACAAAUGUGAAAAUAGAUAAACCAGCUCUUCAAUAUGUUUCCCCUGUGGAUGUCUGCAGAGAUAUUAGAAGUAAACACAUGGGAAGUAAAAUACAUUCUGGAAUUUCUCCUAACUAUGAUAGUGCCUUAAGUACUGUAAUAACUUCAAAAGUUAUUAAGGAUCCAAGGUUAACAAAAAGAGAGCAAAUCCUAGGGAAGCAAAAUGGAGAGGCUGGCUUCAGUGGAAGUUCACAUCACGAAAACGAACUGGAAUAUAAUUUGGAAAUGAAAUUAUCUGCCACUAUAGGAGUACCUAACACUGUACCUGAGGAUUCUUUCCUUUUUAAUUCCAAGAAUAUGUUUAGCCAAAGAUGCUAUACAGAUAAAACAUGGAAUCAAAAUAUUACAGAAGAGGGUGUGUCCCCGUAUCUGUUAAGUGGUGAUCAGGGGCUAGGUAUUGUAAACAAAGAAAUUCUGUCUUCUCAGAAUACUCGUACUGAUCAUGCUUUGGAAACUUAUCUAGCUCUUGGGUUAUUAAAAUCUAAGGAAUUCAGCAACAAUCCACAUAGAGUCAUGGUGGAUAAUUCCAAAGGAGAAAAGGGAAUGACAUACUCAGAAGUGACCUCCUCACAACUGAAUUCUUCUAAAACAGUGGAUGAUAAGUGGAAAUGUCAGGAUUCUCAUCCAAUUAACAAGAAACAUGUUAUUAUCAAACCACUGUCCUGUGAGGUUACUGACAUCUGUACAUCCAAACAAAAUCCCAUAAAUGAAACAUUUGAAACUGAUGAGAUGGCUGAUAGAAAAGAAAUGACUAGCCGGUUAGAGGAUGAUGACAUUUACACUUCUGGGGUACAAUGCACAACAGAUACUGGUACAAAAUGUGUUAGAAGCAACUGUACUUCAUCAGGAGAACAUAUUGGUGAAAUCCAUACUUUACAGAAUCCUACUUUACAGUUGGGAAUUUGUGAAAGCAUUGUUUCUGAAAAUGUUGUGAAGGAAGUCUGGGAUGAGAAUAACUUUAUCUGUCAGUGGCCUUCAAAUGAAAUUAGUGCAGAGCAGUUUGAACAAAAUAAGUUUCCAACUGCUGUAGAGUCUGAAAAUUCAAACAUGUCUGAAACCCAAAGAAGCAUUAAACAAAUGUAUUCAACGUAUGAAAGAGCAAAAGAAUCUAUAAGUAUAAGAGAAGUAUGUACAAUAAAUGACAUAAAGGAGAUUUCUGCUGAAGAGAGUACCAGCAACAAGGUUUAUGCAGGAUCUUCAGACUCAAAUUCUGACUUAUUGAACAGUAACUUGUCUCAACAAGGGAAUGUUCCAGAAAUGUUUGAAGAAGUUAUAGAGGUGAAAUGUGGGGAUAUUAAUACCCAGGACUUGAAAAUUCCUAAUGAGGUUGAAAAGGUGCUUGGAAAAUGUACAAAAUGUCUGUCAGUACCACAUAAGCCAUGUAAUCAUGGAAACAUGACUAAUGAAAAGGAUGCCUAUUAUUAUUUACUAGAACGAAUGGAUUGGGAUACUUUGUUAAGAAAAGCAAGUCAGAAUGCUGAGAUAUCAGGAAAUCCCUCUACGAAUGAGAAUGAGAAUGAUUAUUUAUACAGUGCGCACUCUUCUGUGGUAGGAAAACCACCUGAAUUAGUGUUUCCUGACUUACAGAUUACAGUAACCAACUCAUCUCAAUCAGAACUAAAAUUAGAAAUUGGAAAAAGUUCUAAUAAAUGUCCGAGACAAAGAAGUGGAACGAAAUGGUUGCGAAAGAAAAUGAUGAAAAAAUAUACACAAAGUAAAAAUAAGCAUAAUCUUUAUAAUGGAAAGAAAGAACUUAAGUGCUGUUCAUCUAAAAUGUUUUUUUCAUUGUCAAAGGGGCGGUUGACAAAGAUAGCACAGUCGGAAAAGCAUAUUAAGAAUAUUUUGAAUACACUUAACACGGAAGCAUCGCUAUGUAAAAACAAACUUAUUUCCCAAAAAAUAGAUAGAGUAAUGUUUCACUUAAGAAAAGCUCAGAGGAGAGUUCAGUCUUUAAAAAAUGUGACAAACGCUGGAAGGGGAAAUUCAGGUGACUCAUCAAAAACACAUGAAGUGUUACCCUGUGAAUCUUCACCUGUUGAUUUUUCUGUAACACCUGGUUCCUUUUUCGAUAUGUCUUGUAGCAGUGCCAGUGUAAGAAAUAUGACAAUAACAGAAAUGGAAAGAGUGUCUGAAACAUCUACCAACUUAGAUACGAUGCAGCUUGGAAACAUUAUACUGACCAGUGCUGAUGAGCACAGUAUGAUAAAUGAGCAGAGCAAUUAUGAAAAUUGUAUCAAAGAAAAUGUGACAACUACCAUGGAAAGCACAAAGGAAAACUCCAAUUCUGAAGCAAGUAGCUGUGCAAGUGAAAAUAUUGCAAAAUGUUUGAAUUCAGCCCCUGAACCAAAAAAGUUAGUUGUCCAUCAAGCAGAUGAAGGCACUUGUAAAUCUGAUGUAAAGAUGAGUACAGUUACAUUUGUCACAUCACUUCAAACCACUGUAAAAGCUUCUGCGGAGGCAAAUGCUCUUCAGUCAGAUGAUGAUUCUAUGAUCCUGGAAAAUGAUUUUUCUAAUGAAGACGGAAUUCUGGAAGUAUCUCCAGCACAGAAGAAUAAUGAGAGAGUUUCAUCAAGUGGAUAUGUGCUGCCACCUAUGCCCUUGGUAGAUAAUGGCAUGCUUCUGUUAUCUCAUAACAUUGUGCUACCAGAGCAUCAAGGGAAAAAAGUAGGAGAAAGUGAGGUAUUGGAAAUCAAGGAAAAAAAUUCUAAUUUAAAGCCACACAUCAUGAAUGACAUUUCUCUGAAGCCAUUCAUAAGUUUAGAACAGAAAGAAACAUCUCAUGCAGGUCACAUCACACCACCUAAGGAAUCUGCCAGCAAGCAGAUUAUCUCAAAGAGUACAAGGCUUUACUCCAAUUCACCGUUAAGCAUUGUUUCAGAGCACAACAUUGAAACUAUUAAUGCAAACUCUACUUUAUCCAUUGCCUCUUGUGAUAUCAAGCAAAAUGAAACAAAUCAACAUUGUAUAUUCCCUGGGACUAGAACGACUGAAAACCCAUUUUCAGGUGGAUAUUCCAACAACUAUAUAGAUCACAGUUGUGACAUUAAAUGUACACAAAUAGAGAUUGAACUAAAGUGUUCUGAUUUUAAAAUUAAAAUGUCAGAGGUCUUGCAAAAGGCAGAUGAAACCUCAUCUUCGAAUUUUUUACAUGAUCAGAUUAUAUUUUGCAGAUACUUUCUUCCUUUGUUUAUUAAAGCUUUUGAAAAAAAGCAGGGUUGCUGUUUUGAAUGUGUUCUGGUUUCCAGAGCCAUACUUGAGAGUGUGGAGGAAAACAUGCCACUCAGCUGUAAAUUAAAGCCUUCAGCUAUAGAAUCAUUGGUUGAACUACAAAUUAUAAUGGAAACAAUUGAAUUCUUAGAAAAUAAGAAGAGGUUUAUAGAAGGUGAACCAACUUUCCGAAGCUUACUUUGGUAUGAUGAUUCACUGUGUAAUGAGUUGUUUGGUGAUCAGUCAGGAUAUCAACAACAGUCAAAUUUCUACCCUGCAUUUCAAAGGAGGUUAAAAUACAGUGCUCUUAGUGAGUUACAGAGCUAUCACGAACAACUAGUAGACAUCUUUGAGAACACAAGAUGGGAAAAUAGCUCUUACUAUACCUUCUUGAAAUCAAGACGUGAAAUCAAGGAAUGUGAAGCAGCGAUGACAAGUGAUUUCAAUGCCACUGAUUUUUUUCUUUCUGUACCAUAUGUUUGCGGAGCUAACUAUGGUGAUACUUUAGAGGACUUAGAAGAUAUAAGAAAAACUACAAUGAAUUUACUAAAUUUAUCUAGGAGCCUCCCACGCAUUAAUUUGAAUGCUGAAAAAGAAGACCAUUUUUGGGUUAUAGUGGAAAUUAUUGCUACAAAGGUAGAAUUUAUAAAGACUUGUGAAGAGAUGAAUAUAAAAACAUCAUUGUUUGGCCUUGAGCACAUAUUUUUUGAUGCUGCUAAAAGCCUUGUGUGGAGAGAGAGAACAAAAUCCUUAAAAGAACACUUAAAAGGUGGUCAAAUGUCCAAUGAAACUGUCUUAUCCAAGUGUUGUGAAACGUAUGAACGUAUGAUAGAAUUCAUUACAAAGAGAUCUGCAGAAGAAUGUUAUAUUUCUGAAAAGGGAAAUGGGCAACAAAAAGCAAGCCCUUACACUAGAGAUUCUCUUAUUCUACCUCAGGACAUUUGUUGCAUUGGUGAAAUACUGGAUGAAGCACAGUCUGCAAACACUGAAAGAUUACAGCAGCUCAUGUUCAGAUGUACAGAGCACAUGGAAAUGCUGAAAAAGUAUUUUCAGAUUCUGCAAGAAGAGGAUGUCAGGGUUUUGAUCACAAAAGAAAAUGUGCUGGGAUUUAUGAAAGAUGGUGGCAUAAACCCUUUGAUUUUGAAACCUGAAGCUGUUGAGGUUUAUACUGAAAUGGCAAUGACAUACGAAACAGUUUUUUUCCUUAAAAACUCAAUAGCAAGCAAAGAAAAUCAACCAAGAUUUAGAAGUUUAUUAUGGUUUGAUUUAUCACUUCUACCCGAACUCUUUCGGUCCCAAGAAAAAAUGGCUUCCUUAUCUUACCGGAAAGACAACCUUUCAAAAAUCAUAGAGUCUGCUAUCUCUGAACUUCAAGAUGAAUUGAAUGUUAUAUAUGAGUAUCCAGAAAAUGUAAAUUGCCCAUAUGCACGCCAUCUUCUCACAAGAGAGCUUACAGAACUUUCAGAAACUAGAAACCUGCUAAAAACAUCUAAGACUCCCAUCUCCAUGUGUGUUGAUUUGGUACCUUAUACCGUUUGUUUAAAUUAUGGGAGUACUGUGUCUGAACUAGAAUGUAACUACAACCAGUUUUCUUCCCUUCUUGAAAAACUGAUGUUAGCUGAAAGAAAAGAUUUAGGAAAAAUGGCUCAUAUUAUGAAAAUCAUGAAAACCAUUGAGCACAUGAGGUUUAUCUGUUCUGAACAAAGAAAAUCACCCCUUCCUUUAGUCAUACAUCAAAUGCUUAAAAACUGGAGAAAAGCAUGCCAGUUGAAAAGGCAGAAUGUGAAAGCAGAUCUGAAUGUCAGUGAAGGAUAUGACAAUAAAGAUACCGGUAGCCUUCGGAGUUUCCAUGCUCUGUAUAAAAGGCCAGUUGAUGUAAUUUCAGAAGAUGCAGAAAAGGGAGAGAUGUCUCAAAGGAAAAAGAAAAAGAGUGGGAAAUAUAAUACCUCAAAAGAGAAAGAACAAAACUUAAGGAUUCUCCAGACAGUACCUGGAAUGUAAACAAUGAGAAAGAAGUCAUCUGUCUCGCUUUUACAAUUAAAAGAAUUGAAAGCUGCUUAUUCCUUUGAAUGUAUUGAAUCUUCAUCAAAUAAACCUAAAUUUGUUAAUUCAGACAUGCAGCAAGUCAGCCAAAUCUAGCCAGCUAAAGAAGUUCUACAAGAGAAGGAAGAGUUGUCAGGAUGCCAAAGAACACAAACAGGAAUUUUUUGCAUCAUUUGAGGGGGGAGGCAAAUUGUCUCUCUAUCAUCAGUGAAUGUUCAGUUACCAGAGACAUUGCAGGAAGACUUUCUUCAGUGACAAAAUUACAUGAUUCCUUAAAUCUGCACAAUUAUUUAAACCCAAAUGUUCUGGGAAGUUAUUCAGGAUUAAUGCCUGAAUAUGGUGCAUCCUUUUAUCACCAGGACCUGGUAGAAUUGGGAAGGAUUUUGGGGUGAAAUCUGUGAUUUCCAGCAGUUCACCUAUAUGUAAUUCAGAGUCAGAGCCAUUUUUCAGUGAAAGUAAUGAGGAAACUACUAAAUGUUGUGCUUUCAAUCAAAAUGAAUAUCUGGAACAUCUCACUUGCAGUUUUUCUUAUCCUUACUAUUCUUGGUACUUCUUAGUAUUUGUGUCAAACUAGUAGCACUUAAUACUUAAUAGCUCAUAUAUACCAGGUGCUUCAUUAUGAAAUUUGCUGACUGAUUCCAGGCAUAUCUGCAUCUAGAAACAUGGCAUAUAAUGAACAAUGAAUAUUCUUAGACUUCUAAUUUUAAUGUUG